ACGAAUUCUCUCACUCCUGUUAUUGCAUUUUGACAGACACAACAAGAUCACAUUUUUUCUAAUCACUAUCUCCUGCCGCUAUAUUUUUUCUUAUUGCUUUUAUCUCGAGAUUUAUAUAAAGCUGUAAAGAGUGAUCAAAUGCUACAGUUUCUGCUCAUUCGAGUAUCUUUCUCAGGUUCUGUUGAUUCUACUACUCCAUCUCAUUUUCUCUCGUAUUUAUAUGUUUCUCUUUGAAAUUCUUGUUUUCAAUACUUAUUUUAAGAACUGGGUAUUACUUUACUUAACGUAUUCUGGUUUUCGGGGUGGGAAAUUUUGUUUGUUUCGCUUUAUUUUGUAUGCAUAUAUGUGAAAAAUAGGUGGCCCGACGAAUUUCUUGAUUAGAGUCGUAAAGAUUUUAGCUUGUGUAGUAGUAAUUUUAUAAGUUGUAUGGAAUCUAAUGCUAUGCCUGGUGGAAUGUAUUCUAGCGUAAAUCCUGGAAUUUUAGGGCUAGAAAUGUCACUGAACCACAAAUUACCACCACAAAACCCUAACCAGACGCAGCAGCAGCAGUGCCGAAAUAAUUCCAUGGCGACCUAUGGCCACCGGGAGGGUGAAUACGACCUAAAUACUCAGCAAUCUGUGAAACCAUGGCGCCCAUAUUCUGGAAAGGCAAAGAAUCAAAGUUUGACCCUCAGUGAUGAUGAUGAGCCUGGACCAGAGAAUAUUUCCGAUGAUGGGAAUAUGAGAAUGUCUCCUUGGCAAAGAGUGAAAUGGAAUGAUAAUAUGGUGAGGCUGUUGAUAAUGAUCGUGUUCUAUAUUGGUGAUGAAGUCGGCUCCGAGGGCAGUGAUCCAGCUAAGAAGAAGGGUGGAGGGGUCUUGCAGAAGAAAGGGAAAUGGAAAUCGGUGUCGCAGGCAAUGAUUGAAAAAGGCUUUUAUGUGUCGCCACAGCAAUGUGAAGACAAGUUUAAUGACUUGAAUAAGAGGUACAAGAGGGUUAAUGAUAUUCUUGGGAAGGGAACUGCGUGUCGAGUGGUGGAGAAUCAAAGUUUGCUCGACUCUAUGGACCAUUUAUCGCCCAAAAUGAAGGAAGAAGUCAAAAAAUUGCUGAAUUCGAAGCACUUGUUUUUCAGGGAAAUGUGUGCUUAUCAUAAUAGUUGUGGUCAUGGUAGUGGUGCUAGUGGAAGUGGAGUUGGUGGUAAUCAACAUUCACCUGCGGAGGUGGCAACAGAGCCAUCCCAUACUCAGUUUCAGUCACAGCAGCAGAGAUGUUUACAUUCGUCUGUAAAUGCUCCAGUAAUGCCUAACUUGAAUAGAGGAGAAAAUGAGGGAUCUAAAUUGUCCAAGGGGGCAAGUGGGGAAGAUGAAGACGAUGAUGAUGAUGAGGACGGAGAUGAAGAUGAUAGAGACAGCUAUGAGGAUAAUGAUGAGGUGGUUGAUCGAGGAUCAAGAGGUCACAAUCACGAUCAUGGGGACGUCAAUGACACAGAUGGUAGAUCUUCAAGGAAGAAGCAGAGCGUAUUCAAUUCGCCUUUGAUUCAACAAUUGAAUAUGGAAUUGGUGAAUAUGUUGCAAGAUGGAACUAAGAGUCCAUUUGAGAGAAGACAGUGGAUCGAUGCAAGAUUGAUGCACCUGGAGGGUCAGCGUGUUGGCAUCCAGUUUCAAGCUUUUGAGCUUGAAAAGCAGCGAUUAAAAUGGUUGAAAUUUAGCACCAAGAAGGAGAGAGAAAUGGAGAGAGAGAAGCUUGCCAAUGAGCGAUUGAGGCUUGAGAAUGAGAGAAUGGUUCUCCUAAUUCGCCAGAAGGAGCUCGAGUUGCUUGAACAUCAUCAUCACCGCCAAUAGCUAUAGUCCAACAAGAUAGGUGACCCCUCCCCCAUUACUAGAUAAAUCAAUUCCAUAGCAUGAUAGAAGAAAUCAAAAGAUAAAAACAGGCUGUUUGGGCUUUGUUCUUCCAAAUUUUGUUACUGAAUCAGGUCUUUUGCAAUAUAAGAUUUAAAUAUGAGCAUUUUGACUCUUUAAUCUA